CUGUUUACCUGCAGCAGCAUGUUUAAGUUGCACAGCUGAUCAUGUUAAAAAAUGGAGCUGCAGGAGAAAAUACCUGUGGAGAUAUUUACAGAAGUAGACAGAGAUGUUUUCCUUCAAGAUGUUUAUCCAAAGCGAAGGCCAGCCGUACUGAGAGGUGUUUGUCUCGGUCCGUGUCUGGAAAAGUGGACCGUCGAGUAUUUGGGACAAAAAGGAGGAAACAAGGAUGUGAAGAUUCAUGUGUCCACUGUGCCACAGAUGGACUUCCUUCACAAAAACUUUGCGUAUAAGACUCUGCCUUUCAAUGAGUUUGUGAAAAGGGCGUCUGAGAAAAAACACUCUGACUUCUUCCUGUGUGAGGAUGAGAGUUAUUAUCUUCGAUCGCUGGGUGAAGACGUUAGAAAGGAACCUGCUGAUCUGAGCAAACAGUUCCCAGACUUGGCGGAGGAUUUUCAUACUCCGAACUUCUUUGAACCGGAUCAGUUUUUCUCCAGCGUCUUCCGCAUCAGCUCCUGCGGCCUGCAGCUGUGGACGCACUACGAUGUGAUGGAUAACCUGCUGGCUCAGGUGACGGGGAGGAAGAGAGUUGCUCUGUACAGCCCUCAGGAUGCACUACACCUUUACCUGUCAGGUGAUAAGUCAGAGGUCCUGGACAUCGACUUCCCAGAUUUGAAACGGUUUCCUGAGUUUGUGAAAGCAAAGAGAUACGAGUGUGUGCUGGAGCCUGGAGACCUGCUAUUUAUCCCUGCUCUGUGGUUCCACAACACCCUGGCGUUGCAGUUCGGUGUCGGCGUUAACGUGUUUUGGCGCCACCUACCGGCAGACAGCUACGAUAAAAAAGACCCGUACGGUAAUAAAGACCCAGUGAAUGCAACACGAGCCCUUCAGGCGCUGGAGAGAGCACUGCACACUCUGGAUGAACUUCCACCUGAUUAUCGAGACUUCUACGGCCGACGAAUGAUUCAACGUAUCCAAAAGCGGACGUACUGUGAGAGUCCUUCAAACACAGACACGCAGGAGGAUUCAAACAGCACGUUACCCAGCAGCCCUCCUUCCUCUGGACCAGGAUGAGAGUCCAGAGAACUGUGAAGAGAAUCUUUAAACAGCUGUAAUGAAUUCAUGUUCUGCUUAGUUUUGUUCAGUUUGACCUCCCACUUAAAAAAAGUUUAAUUUAUAUUGAUUAAAACAUUU